AUGGAGAACCUCAUCAUGGAAGUUGUUAACUCUGUCAAAAUGAGAGUUCUUUGGAAGGGAGACAAAGGAGAUUACUUUGAGGCCAAGAAAGGAAUAGGACAAGGUGACCCCUUGUCAUCUUAUUUGUUUGUGCUCUACAUUGACAAGCUGUCUCAUUUGAUAAUUGAAGCAGUUGAAGAUAAAAGGCGGGAAUGCAUGAAGAUUGGUAGCAAAAGGCCCAAAAUGUCACACCUAAUGUUUGAGGAUAAUUUAAUCCUAUUUGGGAAGGCUUCGGAAGCUCAAAUACAAAUUGUUAUGGACAUCUUAAACCUAUUUUGCAAGGCUUUAGGUCAAAGGGUCAGCAUGGAUAAGUCAAAUAUUGUGUUCUUUUGCAUCACACCUGCUACCACUAGAAGACAAAUACUUGCUAAAUUUGGCUUCAAAGAAACUUCUUCACUUGAAACAUACUAA